UCUCAUGGAGCAUCUUGCCACACCGAGUCCCUCCCGGAACACUUCCCUCUCCGGACUCCCCUCGUUUCCCCUCCAGUCGCAGGCAAACGCUUCCAACGUGAGCCGGGCCGGAGUAGACGUCAAUCAGUCGCUAGCCGUGUGUGCCAUGCUCGUCGUGGACGUCCUGGCUGUGGUGGGGAACCUAGCCGUGAUGAUCGUCAUAAGCAAAACGCCUCAUCUGCGCAAGUUCUCCUUUGUGUUCCAUCUGUGCUUGGUGGACCUGCUGGCAGCGCUGGUGUUGAUGCCUCUCGGGAUGGCGUCCGAUCGGUUGUCGGCGGACGAGGCUCUGUGUCGAAGCUACCUCUGCUUGAGCGUUUGCCUCGUGAGCGCCGCCAUCCUCACCAUCUGCGCCAUCAACGUGGAGCGCUACUACUACAUCGUGCACCCCAUGCGCCACGAGGUGAAGAUGACGGUGGGGGUGGUGGCGACGGUGCUGGUGGGGGUCUGGAUCAAAGCCGCCGUCAUGUCAUCGCUGCCUUUCCUGGGGUGGCUUCUCCAAGGUAACCAGGCUGUGGCCUCUAGUCCGCCGCUCAUCCCCGGUCAGGCACACUGCUCCCUCCACUGGGCGGGCGGCAGGACCACACGCCUGCUCUUCAUGGUCUUCUUCACGUUCAUCUAUUUCCUGUGUCCCGUGCUGAUUAUUCUGGUGGUCUACUGCAACAUGUUCAAGGUGGCCCGCGUGGCAGCCAUGCAUCACGGCCCGCUCCCUACUUGGAUGGAGACGCCGCGGCAACGCUCCGAGUCCACCGGCAGCCAUUCCACCGUGGCCGCCAGCCUCGGAGGGACUGUCUCCCGCAACAUCUCCCAAAGGACCUUCGGUGGCGGGAAGGCCGCUGCGGUUCUGGUGGCUGUGGGAGGCCAGUUCCUCUGCUGCUGGCUGCCCUACUUCUCUUUUCACCUCUAUUCGGCUGUGGUUUCUACCUCGCCUGCCUCGCUGGGCCGGCUGGAGGAUGUGGUCACAUGGAUCGGCUAUUUCUGCUUCACCUCCAACCCCUUCUUCUACGGCUGCCUCAACCGUCAGAUUCGGGAGGAGCUGAGCCGCCACCUGGCCUGCCUUUUCAAGCGGGCCGGAUCCGGUCAGGGGGAACAGCUGCCCAGCCGUGAGGCCUCCAUCGAGGAGAACUUCUUGCAGUUCCUUCAGGGCACAGCGUGCAAUCUGGAGCCGCGUAACUCUCAGGGCAGAGUGAGUCGAGAGGAGAAGGAACACGAAGGCCUACAGGAAUCAUCUGCUCCGCAGAACAUGGCAGCUGACUUCCACAUCCCAGGGCAGAUUCUUGAAGAAACCUCAGAGUUCAUACAACGGCAAAAACUGAACAAUAAGCUCCAUGUAUUGGAAAAUUCCAAAACUGUCCCAGAGAUGUAGCGCCCUCGCCCAUAUUAUCUAAUAAUCUCGUGAAAGAUCUAUUUGAAUUGAAAUCUGUUUUAAAUGAUAAACCAUUUUUUUUGUGCUCUCAAAUAAAAAAACUAAAUAAAAAAACGGUGAGUGCACUCCAUAGCGUU